AUGAGCUACGAUGAUCCAAACUCAGUUUUAUCGAGAUCACGUACAAUUAAUCCAUAUCUAUACGGACUUAAUAUCAAUUCAUUGAAUAAUACAGCUCCUCUUUAUAACGAUCCUUUCACGCAUAUAAAUCAUAUUGGUGGUGGAUCACCGAGUGGUGAAAGAAGUGAAGGUGCAAACUUAAGUGAGAAAGUUAUUGCUAGACUUGUUCAUUUAAGUUUAUUUUCAAAGAAAAAAGAAAUUCAGAAAAAUGUUAUUACAAAUUAUUAUGAUGCUAAUGCUGUCUUUGAGAAUCCGAUUUUGCUGGUUGAAUCACAUGAUCAGAUUAAAAAUCAAUUUCUCUUGCUUUCCACGUUCUUUUAUUCCAUAACACCUGAAAUACAAUCAAUUACUAAUAGUGAAAUAGCUGGAAAUCAUCAUUUGGUUUGCAUCGAUGCCUUGAUUAGAUAUCGUCUUCCUCUUCGCAUCCCUCCAUUUCCGUGCUUGCGUAUAAUAUUUGGCAAAACUAAUCAAUGUUUUAACAACGAAUUUAUUCUGCGUAUAAUUUCAAGGUUUGAGUUCAAUGAGCAACAUAAAAUUGUUAGACAUGAGGAUAUUUGGAGUUUAAAAGAUUUGGUGGAAUCUUUACCGAUUAUUGGUUGGAUGUAUGCAGAAAUUGCAAGGAAACUUACGGGAAUGGUUACCGGAGGUGUUGUUAUUGCUGUUAAAGGAUUGGUAAAUACUUGGGAUAAAUAUUAA